AUGUUACCGCUCAAUAUUCUCAUAAGCCUUUGUGGCUAUGUUGCUACCAUUCAGGCCUGCUCCCUCCAUGACAUCGCGCCCGUACCAUCUUCGGAUCUCGCCCGUCGUUCUGUGGUGCCUGGGAAGAAGCUCUCGACAGUCAUCAAAAAUGUUCGUAUCUUCAAUGGAUGGCGGAUGACCGGCCCGCAAGACAUCUCAUUCCAUGGAGAGACAAUUUCUCUUGGCUCUUUCCAUCCCGAGGAGCCGGAAGUCACCGUCGACGGCACGGGGAAAUUUCUUAUCCCUGGCCUCAUUGACAGCCACUUGCAUAUUUCCAAGGUUUCUGAUCUGGAACUUCUGGUAUCCUAUGGAGUCACUACUGGCGUCCAUAUGUCUUGUCAGAGCUACGAAGCAUGUCACACUUUCCGCAAUCAAACAGACCUCACGUCUAUCAUCUUCGCGGGCACCGCUUUUACGGGAGCUGGAAACUCAAGUUCCAACUUGCCACAAACAGGUGUACCGUUUCCCGACAUUGACGAAGCCACAAUCAUCGCCAAUGUCUUCAACAACGGUUCCGAUAUUUUCAAGGUCGCAAUCAAGGACGAUGGUCCCACUCAAGAUGUCCUGAAUGGAUUGGUUCACGAAGUCCAUAAACUAGGACGUCAAGCCAUGACGCACGCCACCACCAGAGAAGCGUUUACCUGGGCCGUCGCUGCCAAGACCGAUGGCCUCCAGCACAUGGCCGCCGAUGGACCUCUCUCGCGGUGCAUUAUUGACCAAAUUCUGAAGAAUAGUCAAUUUGUCACACCGACAAUGAACAUCUUCAAGCAAGCCUUUGAAAAUCCCCUCAUCCUCAAUAUUCUUCGUCCGAAUGGGACGGGCAACAUCACCUAUGAGGCCGUAGUCAGCAACGUCAAGCUCUUGCACGAAGCAGGCGUGCCACUGCUUGCCGGCACGGAUGCGGUCGGUGACGUUACACCAAUGGUCAGUGUUCCGUUUGGCUUGACGAUGCACUGGGAACUCCAGAAUCUAGUAGUUGCUGGUCUGUCACCAUUGGAAUCUCUUCGAGCUGCGACGGUACUGCCAGCCCUGCAUCAUAGACUGGAGGAUCGUGGAGCAAUUAACCAUGGGAAAAGAGCGGACUUGGUGCUGCUCAACAGCAAUCCUUUGGAUGACAUUGUGAACACACUGGAUAUUUCCAGGGUCUGGGUCGCGGGAAUCGAAUUUGAAGACAUCGGCGGGAAGUCGGAGUGA